CGCGGGCUUGUUUGCCUCCCCAGCAGGCGGCGCGCACUGUGCCCCGAUGCUUCAGCUCCGGAACGACCUGUUCUCGAUUUCUCUUCCCAAAUUCUUGCACCAUAAACGACAAAAUACCAUCGGCGAAACUCUCAGAAGCGACGACUUUUUCUGUAUAUCCCUUGUUUUGACUACGGUUUCCGUCGAGAUUGGUUGAGACACGGCAUCCGUCCGGCUUGCCUUGUUUUUUUUUUUUCGCCACAGUCGCAAGACAAGGUAGCACAACAAACGGUUACCAACGACCGGAUAGAUCCUCCAACGACCGCGGCGACGACGAUAACGGCGAAUCCCUCCUCUCCGGUCGACACGCAACGCAUGGAUGGCGCGCACACGACGCCGCGACUCGAAUUGACCUUUCGCAGCACGCGCGCAUAGAGUUGCCCCUCCUCCUCUUCCUCCUCCUCCGCCCCCCGGGGGGACAGAACACACGGAUCAGACGAUGCCCGAGGUCCGCCGCGGGAGCCUGCAGGUGCAGUCCGACCCGGCAUUGGCCAACGGCCUGGGCACACGGACGAACAGCAGUGGCGGCGGCGGAGCAGCGGACCGAGCUGCUGUUGACGCCAAUGCCUCUGCGACUGACGACGAUGGCACCGCCGCCAACAACUCCACGAGGCCAGGGCCCGGCAGCGCCGGCGCGCGGGACGUGAGCUUCAGCGACGUGCGCCCGCCCCGGCUGGUCCGCCUCGACUACCCCCACCGCUCCGCCGACGACGUGCCUCCUCCCCGUGCUAGGAGUCCGGUCGUCGGCGGCGGCGCCGGUAGCGCCACGGCCCCGACGUCGCCCAUCUCCCCGGGCAGCAGCAGCGCCAACCAGCAGCUGCCCGCGUUUGGGCGGAUGAGCGUCGACGCGCCCCGGCGCAGCCUCUCGUACGCGCUGCGCCCGCCGGCCGAGGCCUACUACGACUCGCGGGCGGCGACGCGCCGCGAGUGGCAGCGCCGCGGGCGGACGCUCGAGGAGUACUACGACGACAACCCGCAGCUGCUGCCCCAGCUCCCCUUCACGUGGCACCACGGCUGGCGGCGCUGGCGGCUCUUCAUCUUCGCCUUCCUCGUCUUCGUCGACGCCUCGGCCCUGCCCAUCGCCCUCUACUACGGCCUGCACUACGCGGGCCACGUCGAGGGCUGGAUCAUCUUCGCCGUCGUCACCACCAUCUGGGGCGGGCCCACGUACCUCGAGUUCGCCAUCCGCACCCUGCGCCUCAUCAAGAAGGAGCGCUUCUACCGCCCCCUCGGCACUGACAGCCGCUGGUGCUUCGACAUGCUGACCUGGGUCUCCGUCGUGACCAUCACCGCCGUCACCGCACUCUUCGUCGUCGGCAGCGCCCCGCACAUUGUCUGGCUGCGCGUCCUGUGCAUGCCCGCCCCCGCCAUAUUGUAUUGCCUCGGAGGCUCGCUGCUGCUCAUCACCCUCUUCCACGCCAUGGCGUGGCCCGCGCCGUUUCGCAUCAGCUCGACGGCCAAGGGCGAGUUGGUAGGUCGAACCGAGAAGAAAAAAAGAGAAGCAUGUCACUUCGUACCGUGCAUGUGCUGACGUCGAUGAAAACAAAAAAACAGGUCCACCCCGGCGUGUACUACUUCAUCGAAGACGUCGUGGCCGUCAACGCCGGCGCGGGCCGGCCGUACCGCGAGGCCCUUGCGGCGCGGUACCGCGCGAGCCCACGCUUCCGGCGGAUGCUGUACGUGCAGUCGCUCUUCUGGUCCAUCCCCGCGCUGGUGCUGGCCGUGCCGCUCACCGUCAUCGCCGUCAUCCACCCGGUGCCCGCCACGGCCGCGUACGGCGUAUGCUGGGCGGUGCCGUUCCUGUGGUGCGCCCUCUGGGGCGCCAUCUCCGUCUGGUGGUGCAAGCGCGACAUGGUCCGCGAGCGCCUCGAGUGGGAGGCCGACACCACAGGAGGAAGCGGCGGCGACGGAUUGACCACGGCGGGCUCGGCGGCGGCGGCGGCGGCGGCGGCCAUGCGAGAGGUCAAGGAGGGGACGGCGAGCCCGGCGAGGAGCGAGACGGCCGGCACGGGGGGCAGCGGGAGCGCCGGCGGCGGCACGGCCUAGAGGCGGACAGGAGUAGACGAUGGCUGUUGCGGGCGUGGACGAGUACUAAUGGGCCGGCGCACACAAAGCGCCGCCUCCUCCCAAAGCAUGUUAAUUAGAGGGCGUAUGGCGAGGCGCAAACAGGUUGGAUCUUUCGACAACAUGGAUACCACUACGUACCUACGUACUAGCGGCGACGACAACAGCUCAAGCACAUCAUCAUCAGCGUAUGUACUACACUGCAUCAAAAGAACACAUUAAUGAAAAUUCUUAUUCCCGCG